AUGGAUGUGAUUGGCACAAUUGACCCUCCUGCUUCAAAUGGGCAUCGAUUUAUAUUGGUGGCAAUUGAGUACUUCACCAAAUGGGUCGAAGCGGAAUCAUUCAAGCACGUGACAAAGAAGGUGGUGGCGAAUUUCUUAAGAGAUCACAUCAUAUGCCGAUUUAGGGUGCCGGAAACAUUGAUUACAGACAAUGCCAAGAAUCUCAACAAUGAUAUGGUGGACGGGCUAUGCGAACAGUUCAAAAUCAGACAUCGCAACUCUGCCAUCUAUAGGCCGCAGAUGAAUGGAACUGUAGAAGCCGCAAACAAGAAUUUGAAGAAGAUCAUUCGCAAGAUGACUGAAAAGCAUCGUGACUGGCAUGAAAAGCUCCCUUAUGCACUAAUGGCGUAUCGCACUUCUAUCCGAACAUCAACUAGGACAACACCCUACUCGCUCAUGUAUGGAAUGGAAGCUGUGCUACCUGCCGAGGUCGAAAUCCCUUCAUUGCGUAUUCUAAUGGAGACCAAGUUGGAAGAGGCUGAUUGGAUAAAGCAGCGUUAUGAACAACUGUCCUUGAUUGAUGAGAAACGACUUAAUGCUAUUUGUCACGACCAAUGUUAUCAAAAACGCGUGGCCCGGGCCUACAACAAGAAAGUCCAUCGGCGUACAUUUGAGGAAGGUGACCAAGUACUAAAACGAAUUUUGCCAGUACAGGAUGAGGCAAAAGGCAAAUUCGCUCCAAAUUGGCAAGGGCCAUUCAUUGUUCAAAAG